AUGGGCAUGAAUGCGGCCCUUCGCGAUAGCUUCGGCUUCAUCGCUGAUCGUCAGCACCAUGUGCCACUUGCACGCGCCAACAUCAACAUCACUCCGGCCAAUGCUCUCCAAACCCUCUUUCGACGUCAGAGGGAGACUCCUCUUCCCAUCACGCCUGUCUCCAUCCUUCGCUCCAUGCUUCAGCUAGACGAUCUUCAGGCCCUUCUUUGGGCUUGGACGCUCGUCGGUAUCCUUCUCCUUUUCGCCUUCUGGACCAAUCCGAGUGAGGCCUCCUUCAGGCCUUUCCUCACCGACCUCGUCUUUCGCGAGCGCUUGAGGCUGCUCAACCAGGACCAGGAUGCCGCCGAAUCUCACUCGCAAGCCGAUGAUGCCGCGGCAGGUACUUCCAGCCCGACCACCGCUGCGCGCAAGUCGGAUACCAACGCUUUCUCGUCUCUGCUCUCCACCGCUUCCUACGCUUCUGGUCCUUUCGCCGUCACUUUUGGUUCCAAAGUUGCGCUCUCAGUACGCACGCCCCCCUUCCAUCGCAAAGAUCUUGGAUUGCUUUCGAUCGUCACCAUCUCGCAAAGCAUGCCAAGUCGCUCAGUUCAUGCCCAACGGGCAGAGGCAUCGCAGCAAAGCACCCGAUCCGCCAAAGCGCACGGUGCCAUGGAUUGCACUUCUCUCUUCAUCGGCGCCUUUGGCAAGUGGUGGGUGCUCGGCUAUGGUAUCCCAGAUCUACCCACAACUGGUCCUUCCAGUCAGCCUCAACCAAGCAAGACGGGUCGAGAAGAGCUCGAGGAAAACAUGACCGAUGUGACAGACUGGGGCAUCCUCGACGUCCGGUCGAUCGACCCCGAGCCCCAGUCGCGACGAAACUCGAUACAGGCAUCCAAUGGUAGCGUGCAGGACGGCAGCUUUCACCAUUCUUCCCGACGACCAUCUGGCCCAGAAUCGAACGCUCGCAACGCAUCUCCGACACCGCUUGCGACCAAAGAGACCCCUUCUGAAGCUGAGACCGAAGAUUGUCUCAGCAUCACAGCAUUGGUUUCAAGAUCUCAGACCGACAUCCUCGAGCUGCAGGAACAGCUCGCUCAGAUCAAGAGCGUUUCUGCACGAGCUUGCGAAGCACUCGAGGUCGACUUGGAAGAUGUACGCUCCAGGAAAAAAGAGGAGGAAAGGCUUCGAUCCGACAUCAAAACCAGGACAAAGGCGUUGGACGACAGUAAGAGACAAGUUGAAAGCGGUCGACGAGAAGCAGAAAGGCGAUUGAAGACGGCCAAUGCCGCUCGGGCUCUCAAACAGGCCAGCAUACAGCAGAGAAAGGACCAGGUGGACAUGCUUCACAAACGCCGAGCGGCUCUCGUCACCAAGAAGACCGCCCAUGUCGAAAAGCGGCUGCAGCGCUCGGCAGACCUUUCGGCCCAGAUCAGUCAGGCAAAGGCCAGAGCCGAUAAGCUCAGGAAUGAGAUGGACCAGUUACGUCACGACAUGCAAGCUGCUGAGGAGCAAUUGCAAUUCGAGAGGACCCACCCUCGCGGUGUCCAGGACGGCGACUUCCGAGACCAAGGCCGCAUGGACCCAUCCGCACACGUCUGGAGCCCGGCGAUGGAUUACAGCCACAUGGGAAGCAAUGAAGCCAUGUACGCUCAUCUCGCGUCCACUCCGGAUCCACUCGUCGACAGCUUGGCCCGCUUCGAAGAGCGUAAUCUCGCUGGUCAGAGGCUCUUUGGCCCUGGCGCUCACGACACCGAUGCCAGUCUGAUGGUCAACAAGAUGCCGACGGCUCAUAUGGACGACUACAGUGAUCUCGGCACCAGCGUUCUGCGCAAUGCCUUCCGCCGUGCGAAUGCCGCCGCUGUCGCCGAUGGACGCGAGAUACUGCCCAAUGCUCCGCAGGGCAUUGGCAACCCCUCUUUGCAGAAUGCCUCCAAUUUCGAAGCCAUCAAGCAAGCCUUCCAGCCCACUCUUGCCACGGAGGAGGACGGUAGACGGUCCUGGUCUGCGUUCGACGUCUGGCAGUCCGACAUCCGCAGCGUUGGUCAACAGAGGACGCAAUGGGCCACUGGCGGAGCAAACGGCAGCGCUGACUCGUUGCCCCACUUGGGCUCCAGCAGCGGUUUCCUGCCCCUCGAUCGCAGUAGCAGCGCGGAGCACAGCUUCCAGUCCCAGGGCGAUGCGGAUCAGACUCGGAACAUGUCCAAGGUCAAGAGAGCCUUCCGAUGGCCCUUCCGACCUAGCCAAGUUCAAGACGAGCUGGUCUGA